GGCCCAGCAGUUUGGAGUUUGCUUCACUGAAGAGUUUCCUGUCUUUUGUCACUCCAUUACAGCCUUGGCAGAUGGCAAAACUCUCUCCCUAUUGUGUUUCUGCGUAAGAAGUUCUCCAGAGGACACACCUGCAUCAACCAGUGGACCAGAUAUUGCUGAAGAGGGAAGAAAAACCAAAAAGACAUCUGGAGCAUCCCAAAGAAGAGCCCUCCUUCCUCCAGCUUUCUGUCGGGCUUGUCCUAGACUUUCUUCCCACUCUGGCACCUCCCAGCGGAGCCUGAGGCUCUUCGGGUCCUUGACAAGGCCAGGAUGUCUAGGGGAGCUGCUCUGGCAAUGUUGCUCCUGGCCCUGCAGUUGGUUUUGUUGCCUGCUAUGACUAGAGGAAAGGAGUCAGUCCUGGGCCAGGUUGGGGGUACUGUUGAAUUGCCUUGUAAAGCUUCAAGGAAAGAAAGAAUGGACUUUGCCUGGAAACAACAGAACCAAGAUUUGAUUCUCAAGAGCUUCCAGAAAGGUUUAUCAAGAAUGAUGUGGGGAACGUCAAACAUUUUGAGAAAUCGAGCAGAUUCCUCCUCGAACCAAUGGGAUAUGGGCAGUUUUCCUCUGACCAUCCAGUACCUGGAGACGUCAGACUCGGGGAUGUACUUCUGUGAGGUGGAAGACAAGAAGCAGCAGGUACAACUCCUGGUGUUCAAGGUGACAGCCAAUCCAAGUGAGUCUGUGCUCUCUGGGAACAACGUGACUUUAACUUUGCACAGCCCUCCCAACCUUCCUGAACUCAAAAUAGAAUGGCAUGGUCCAGGAAAUACAAGUAAAAGGAUCCUGAGUUCAAACAAGAAAACCUUGAACUUGCUCCAAGUGGAUUCUGAGGAGGAGGGAGAAUGGAGCUGCACUGUCUCCAUAAAUGGCAAAAGCCUUAAACUGAGCAAAAGAGUCACAGUACAUGGUUUCAGACACCCCUACCAGCGCUACUAUAAGAUAGCAGGCAAAGAUGCCGAAUUCAACUUCCCUCUAAAUUUAGGCGAACAGGAUCUGAACCGGAUGGUGCCAAAUGGAGAACUGACUUGGCACGGGGAAGGGGCUGCCUCUCAAAGGUUGGCCAAGUUUUCAUGGAAGGAUGACUCCUUGACUCUCGAAGACAAGUUUAAGUUUAAGCUGUCCAAAGGCAGACCAAUCACUUUGAGUCUCUCCCCAGUCCUGCUCCACCAUGCUGGCUCAGGAGUCUUCUCACUAAUGCUUCCUUCAGGGACUGUGAAACAGAAGGUUGAUCUUGUAGUAAUGAGAGCUAUGUCCCAUGAUCAGCAAUUAUACUGUGAACUGUCGGGCCCCAUAAUCCCUGGGCUGACACUGAGAUGGCAGUUAGAAAACCAGACAAAAGAAACACUGGAGGUCUCUGAGAAGCAAAGGAAGCUGGAGUUGAAGCAGCCAAAGGCUGGGAUGUGGGAAUGCCAAUUGCUACUCAAGGAUCAGAAACUACUGAAAUCGAACUCCUUCCAGCUGGCAAGGUCGGAGUGGUACCAACCUCAAUAUUUGGCCAUCGGUCUGGGUACAGGAGCAAGCCUGUUGCUUCUCUUUGGGUUCAUUAUGUUCUGUUAUGCCAGACGGAGGCACAGGCUGCGCCGAGCAGAGAGGAUGUCUCAGAUCAGGAGGCUCCUAAGUGAGAAAAAGACCUGCCAGUGUCCCCACCGAUUUUAGAAAAACUGUACCCUGAAGAGUUAAAUAUGAAAGAAGGCUUGCCUUAGUGGUGAAAAACCUCCACCUCUACCUCUUCAGUUUCUAGCCCACUGAAGGGAGCAGGGAAGGCGAAAGUAGGAGGAUUGAGACAUUUAGGCUCUCUUGUCCUUCCUACCUUCCACCCUUGUUAUAAUCCUGGACCCUGUUAGUGGGAUCCCAUUACCUUAUUCUACUGUCCUGUGAUGCAUCCACAACCCAAUCACUAUUAUUUACUCCUUCCUUCCUCUACCAGCCCCUAGAGGUCUCUGGAGGUCAUUGCAUCUCAUUUGCCUUUGGGCAGGGGGGCAAGAUGGUGCUUCACUCCAUUCAGAGGCUGAGGCCAGGUUGUCUCUGGUAUGUGUUUUCCAGCUUCUUAUAGCCCUUAGUCAGAAAUGUUCAGCGUGCACACUUAAUCCCUCCUGCCACUAUGCCCAGCUCUACUUAGUAGCCAAACAGACUUAUGGCUAUACAGUCAGGGUGUCCCUACUUCCAUUUCGCCCUACCCCAAACCUAGGAAAUCUUCAUCCUCCUGGUUAUCUCCUUGUGGGCAGGGACUACCUUUUGCUUUUCUGUAGCCCCAGCACUUAACACUGUGCCUGGCACAUAAUAGGCAUUUAAUAAAGGGUUUUGAUUGAUUUAA